AUGUUAGCAGCCCGCAGCAGCGGAGGGGGCGUCGGGGGACCCAGUGCUGGACAUCAGCCCCACCACGUGCACCGCAAACAAUCGGUGGCCUCUGUCAGCGGGUCGAAAGCCCAUCGCAGCAACUCCCAGGAUGCCAAGCGCAGUUCUUCAGCUGCAAGGCAGGGGUCGCAGCUCCGGAGCAAGGCGGCACUUAUCAGAGAAAUGGAGACCAACUGGUACCUGAAAAUGUUUGGACUACACAAAGAGGAUACAGUUGCUAAUAAGACUGGCAUGCCUUACAGGUCAGUUGAUUCCAAUGAUUGUGUGAGUAUGUACAGUGUAUGCAUGAGCACCUACAAAGCCAUGCUGGAUGUGGUGUACACAGAACAAAGACCUCAUAUAUUGUGGGAGGUUCUUGUUGAUUAA